CGCUGUAGCAGAGAGAACCUAAAAGAAAGUCAGUGAGGGGAGAGGACUGUUCGGCUCUGUGUAUGGCAACAUUAGCGGGUUUUAGCUCAUGUAGCUUGUGGUGUCCUUCCCCUCGCAUUUCUAUAGCACCAUCACCAUCACCACCACUCCACACCAGACUUAGGGUUUCUUGCUGUGCUUCUCCCAAGUCCUCAAUAACCAGUACCAAAGCCAAGACUUUGUCGCAGAUUCUGGAUUCUGGCGUCAUCGCUUGCCUCCGAGCCAACAAUGCGGAGCUUGCAAUGGAAGCUGCUAGCACUGCAAUCAGGGGUGGCAUUUCAGUUCUGGAGAUUGUCAGGUCCACCCCAGGCGUUUUUCAGGUUUUAUGCCAGCUAGUGCAGGACCAUCCCACUGUGGCAUUUGGGGUUGGGACAGUUUUGAGUGCUGAGGAUGUCAGAAAUGCAAAAAGGGCGGGAGCCAAGUUUCUCAUGAGUCCUAUUAUGGUGAAGGACAUUAUGGAUGAUACUGAAGAUGGUGAGAUAUUGUACAUACCUGGUGCAAUGACACCAACUGAAAUAUUCUAUGCAUAUGACGCUGGUGCCAAAGUUGUCAAGGUUUACCCUGUUUCUGCAUUAGGAGGUGUUCAGUAUAUAUCAGCAAUUAAGAAGCCUUUUCCUAACAUUCCAAUGGUUGCUUCUCAAGGCAUAACAAUAGGAUUGAUUGGGGACUAUAUAGCUUGUGGAGCAGCAUCGGUUGUUUUAUCAGAUGCCAUAUUUGAUAAAGAAGCAAUGAGACAAAAGAACUUUGAUGCCAUAUAUCAACUCGCGUGCCUUGCUGUUUUGCGGGGUAAAGAGGCUUUAGAUCGAAAGAGGCAGAUGACUCCACUCCUAGCUGACAGUUUUCGUGGAGUAAAUCCAUCAUAGUCCACAUCAAAAGCACUGUGAACAAAUUUUAGAUAGCAUCAUCGUUGCCAUGGAGGGAAGGGAACAUGAACAUGUCAGAAAAGUAAACGUGGAGUGUGUCAAACUACUCUCAAGCAACAAUUUAAGAAGACAUUCGAGAAUCUUGUGCUUCUCUGGUAUCGAUAGAGUGACACAAGAAGGAUUUUGCUGAGGAUUAUGUCCACCUCCUCCGGUGACCUUUGAGGUCCUAGUUUCCAUUGCACACAAGGAUAAGAAAUGAAAUAAAAUUUUUACACUGUAUAUGUUAUCCUAGGACAUGUGAGAUUUGAUUUUCUCGGGAAAAUGAAGGAAAGUUUUGUGGAGGAUAGAGAGGUUCUGAUCAGACGGGACUGUUUAUGGUUUUAUACAAGAAAGCAAAUGUUUGGA